GCAUAUGAGCAUUCAACAGCAGUCAUUGAGAAAGUCUCGCAUCAUGUUGUAGCCUUUACAAUGUUCAAAUCAUUGCUCGUGUUUGGACUGAUGGUGGCGAUUGCUGCCAACUCUGGUUACGCCUUCGUCGUAGACCGAUCAGCCGCAGCAGCAUGGGACACAGCGCCAAGCUUGGACGCCGAACAAAGGACAUCAGUGGACCAGAUGUUGAAUGGCAAGAUGCAAGUGACCGGAAUGAACAAAAUCCUGCAGGCUUCGGACACGAAGAAGUCUGCAAAACACGUUGACGAGUCGGCCGCUGAGGAUCCGUCCAGGGAGAAGCGGUCCGAGGCUGUAAUCAUUUCAUCGGACAGCGCCAGUCGCGGUACCAAAUCGCUGAAGGAACCAAAGGACGCUCUGAACGGCCUUUUCGAGGAAAACGCCGGGAAGGAUGCCGAUCUUCCGCGCAACGUUGUGCUACUACUGAUAGACGAAACCAGCCAGAACAAAGAGGAACUGUGGAACACUUUCGGAAGCAAGCAUGACUUCCCCGUUCAAGGACUGCUGCAGAGCUGUCGCAACAACGACAACAUUCCCUUAAAGUACAACCGUCAAGACGACCCGAUGGCGCUGCUUAGGAAAGACAAGGACUGCGAGUGCGAGCACUUCCUGCGAGCCAACAUUGGAGCUCUGCUUUCCUGGGCUCGACACGCCAAGGUGAUGACAACCGGAGCCGUCUCAGCGACAAACUUCUCCAUCCCCGCAGCCCUCGGCUAUGACGGUCCCUCAGGUAUUGCCAAGGAGAUGAACGAGGCCGAUGAGAACAACGUGAAACGAGAUGCCCGACACUCGAGACCCGAGCUGCACGACGUAUGGCGUCUAAUCGAUCUCGACAGGCAGCCUGGAACACUUCCGACAUCAGCUUCGUCCAAGCCCGAGGGAGCCGCCGAUGGAAUGUGGGACGUCUUCGACAUGUUCUCCAGGAUUCGUCUGGCCUUCUUCAGGAGCCUCCUUGACUCUCUCGGCGGUAACCUUGGCGCCCAAGAAGAUGAGUUCCCUCCGCGUCGACCAUCUCCUCUGCAGUCAAACCUCGUCGACUUGGUCAGUGACACAAUCAAGGAACUGAAGUCAGCCUCAAACGAGAAGGGUUACAUGCUGGUCGCCGCUGCUCCUGGAAACGAUCUCUCAUCAACCGUCGAGCUGCUAACUCGCGAGACCUCCCCGAAGGACACACUGUUGGUCGUAGCAGGAAUCUGCUCCGCCGAUAAGAAGCCUGUUCCAUUCUACGCCAGCGGACCGGGUGCAAAAUCGCUUCUCGAAGCCCGUUCGGUAUGGGAUCUUCCUGGAGCCAUUAAGAGCGCUGUAACCGGAGGUUGCCAAGGUGCCGGAUGCAGAGUUCGCCGCCAUGAUCAGACCUUGCCUGCUUUGCCACGAGUCCCUGGUCUGACGUCGACUGUCGAGGAGGGCGAUGCUCCUAGCCUUCGAAGAGUCGAACGACAGGACGAUGCCGCAGCGGCGCUACAGAUAUUUCGGCUGAUGCCGUGACAAUGAUGCUAGGCCUCGCGACUUCCAUCGUGGCGACGCUCGCCGUCAAGUUUUAGAAUUGAUCCAUCUUAAGCCUCGCCUGUCCUCUACCCGCCUCGAAGAUCCUUAAACCCUCCCUCGUACUUGGCUGACUGGUUUUGAAUAUGUGGUUUUGAAUAUGAAUUUGAAAUUCCUGUCGCCAUUUCGCUUCAAUUGAUCACCACUCGUGGAGCCGACUACAGCCGCAGCCUGCCUUCGGAUCGCUCGGCUAGAGAAGUUGAGUCGGGCUUAUGGCGAUAUCGAUCAAGUUCUACAUCGACUGCGUUCACAAAUUUUUCGCUGACUUUUGUCGACGGAAUAUGUUUAUUUUUUUCGUUUUGGAAUAGCCCUGCAGACCAUGUUCUUUUGACACUUGUUUUCCCGUCUUUGAUUUUGUGUGUAUCGUUGAAAAUCGUCGAAUAAAAAUGUUUGCGUUACAA